GGGCGCAACAUUCACUCAGCAGCACAUCUGCCUCUGUGGAAGGGAGUCAGGACGGGAUCCCCACUGGUGACACUGAAACCCGCGACACACACUGAUCACACCGGGACUUUUUAUUUACUCUUUUAAAGGGACAUGUGAUAUUUUUGGACGGAGGCUGAUACAUUAAAGAUUUGAGUUUUACAGAUGAGAGGAGAAAAGAUGCUCUGCCUGCGUGACUCAGGCGACUGCUUACGGGAGCAGAUGCAGUACAUGAUGAGGUCACUGCAAGACCUGAAACAGCUACGGAGAACCUGCCCUGCAGCCAGACGCCCCCUCAGCACCCAGCUCCCAGCUUUGGUGCGCCACUCUGCAGUGGCACGUGCCUGUCAGCAGCGAGCACUGCAGCGAGAACAGCGCACACGCCUGCGGAUGUCUGAUGCCAGCACAGCCAGUACAUACGACUCUGCCUGCUGCCUGGCGAGUCCUCUGGAGGAGGAGGAUGAGGAGGACUCGAGCAGCCGGCUGGACUUGAGCCUCAGACUGGGCCUGGCCUCACCCAGCAGUCAGAAGAGUUUGGAGUUUGAUUCAGGCUACUCCGAGGCGUCAUGGCAGGAUGAAAGGGUGGUUCUCAGGAGGACCAGGAAUGUGCGGGUGUCAUCUUCAGCUUGUCUCCGCACAAACAGAGCCCCAAGUGGACGCAUUCGACCCAAAUCCACAUCCGACGCCUGUUUGGAGACGUGGACGUCGUUUGAGCUCAGCGACCCAGAGGACUGGACGAACUCUUUGCUGACCAGAGGACGCAACCGCCAGCCUCUGGUCCUGGGCGACAACAGCUUUGCAGACCUCAUACAGAACUGGAUGGACUUGCCAGAUUGUCCCGAGCCCACGGAGCUGAUGCCAACCUCAAGAAGUAGACUUGGAAGAGGUUUUUUUGUCAACAUGAGGAGGAAACUGGUGGGCUUUUCUAAAAGCGUAGAGGACAGAGUGAGGAUGAGAUCCACAGACUCUGCUCACGUUAACAGAACUGCAAACGCCCCAAAGCGUCUGUCCUGUCCAGUCGUGGCAGCGCAGCCCAAAGUCCCCUUUUUCCACCAGUCUCACAUGGGCAUUAAUGAGAUGGACACAGACUUUUACAACUUUGCAGCCCUCAUGAAGUCACGCAGCCGACAGCCAAUAAUCUGCAAAGAUAUCAUUGGCUACGUCUGACACAAAGACACGUACAGACCGGACAAUCCCCCAGAGUCACUUUAUUUUUAUAUGACUGUUUUUUCACUUUUUAUACGCUGUGACUAAGCUAAUGCAAAUAAAGAUGUUUUCAUAAUUUAAACUUGACAUGCUGUUUAUUAAAUGAUUCAUGUCUUACAUGUGAUACGAGUUCCCAGAAGGCAUCUGAACACAUUUUUUAUUUGUAGGGGAGUCACCCCAGGCUAAUAGGGUAACAUUUUCAACAUAGAUAUCACCAUAAAACUUUCCAGCUGAUUACCUACAUUCAGAUGAUAAGUUUAUCUUUCUGUAUUACUUCAUAAAUCAGAAAAUACUGUCAACAGCCAUGAAGAAAAAUCAAUUUUCGCCAAGUAAUUAUGAAUAAAAUAUUAUGUAAGUCAGGUAUAAUGAUGUAGGAAUAACUCCCUCAUGUGAAAAGCUUCAAAUAUUAAGUUUAAAUAUGCAAAUGGGGCAUUAUCUAAUUAAAUAUGGCCAUUUGCAUACAUCUCCUGAACCAAACUCUGAACUGAAAUAUCAUUUGGGAUGUUUUCCCUCCACCAGUCUGUAAGGUGACAUGCUAUGAAAGCAAAACAGCAUCUCAACAUUCAUCAGUGCAUGACAAACUAUAUUUUCACCUGGGGUAUCUCGCCUCGAGUGAAGCUUCCGCCAUAACCAUCUGAGUUUCAUUACAGCUCAUUACAGUUAGACAGUGCUGCUGGAUUAACCGUCUCUGCAGUGAAGCGAAUGGAUGUCGGUUCAUUUGUUUUCAUUAGAAAUGUAAUACUCUGGGCACGCAUGAUGGAGUCUGUAGAUGUUAAGUGUAAUUGG